AUGGAUGUGUCUCAGCAAUCGCUGACUCAAGAUAAUGACGAUCGGGAUUACGAGAACUACUACGAGGGCCCUUCCUUUGUCGCGACGAGCCCAGCCUCCCAAGACGUCGCCUCCGAAAACCACACACGCGAUGAUGAUUCUCCCGUUGUCGCCUUUGGCAGCCUCAGUCAUCUGAUACAUGCCGAUACCCAGGCUGACGAAGAGCCUUCCUCGAUUCCCGACGAUGCGGCCCCCAAACAUGUUCGAGGAGAGUGGCGAAAUCGCACCUCAAGCUCCCAACAACACUCUUCCGUCCAGCACCCCGAUGGCCAGUCGCCCAUGCUGCCCGCAAACUCGUAUCCUCAAACCCCAGCGAAUCGCCACAAUCCCUUUGCCGGGAAAAAGAUGGGAGAUCCUGCAUUGGCGGGAUCCCAACUCUUCGGCCAGACGCAGUUUUCAUCAGGUGUCAAACACUUCAGUCCUACUUCCUCUCGGCCCUCUCCGAAUGUCUACGCCCACAACUCCAUCUCGCCCAACAUCAUCGAGACCUCGCCGCUCAAGAACCGGCACACCGUAACGUCACCUCCCACCCUGCUUUCCUCGAGCCCUCAAGGUGUCAGAGUAGAUCACCAAGCGCCCAACGACCGAGAACGAAGCCCUAGCGAUUCUGGACCUCCUGAAGAUGGCACUGUGCCGGAGUCGCCGCAGUUGGUCCCUAUUCUCUCGAAGGCGGGGCUUGAGCCCAUUGAGAAAUACGAGAGCAUGCUGGACUCCCAAAAGAGGAAGAUGCGGAACACUGCAACCGAAGGCGGUGCAUCUGUGGAGGACUCGGACGAGGAAGCGCGAAAGAGGGAGCGCCGCAGACGCGUAGAGUCCAAGAAGAAGGAAGCCGACAAAGAGCUCACCAGCAUCCCCAUCCCCAUUGGACGCCCAAAGUCUCGAGAUCUCGUCGGGAUCCCAUCGAACACCAAGAAGUCUAGAAAACUCCAAACGACGGCGAGUCGAGGCCGAACACGGCGUAUCCCAGACGACUCGACAGAAUCGGAGAACGAAGCCGACGAGUUCACUGUAGCCGACUCUCAAGACCAAGGCCAGGCUGCAGCGCAGCCGGCGGAAACUCGAGACUCUCCUGAUCUCGCCGAUAAACCUUUGAGGGCAAAGCCAGGCUUUGUCUCCAGCAACGAUGCAGUCCCCGAUAGCGCCGCCGCUACCCAGAAGUCUGUCUCUAAUGGUGUCAUACCGGGUACCGAAAGUUCUGGCAACAGCUCUCGGCCGAAAGAUCUCAUACCGGAGACAAGCCCUAACAAUACUCAAUCACGGCCCACGCCGAAAAGACGCAGCUCAUCGUAUGAGCCGGUGCCUGUCAAGAAGGCCGAUACCGAGGAAUCACCCGCGCCAGCUGCUCUGCCCAAAGAACCCGACGCGGAUGUCGAGAUUAUGCCUGAUACUCCUCAAUCAUCCCUUACACAGCCCUCCCGUCGUUCCAGCCGAAAAUCCAAGCCGACCCUCAAAGCACAGUGUCUGAUAAUUUCAGCUCGCCCCACUGUCUCUUCAGAACCAGAACCCCUUGGAACCGGCGAGAGCGAGGCACCCGGUGCAGAUGUUUCAGCUCAAAGCGACGCACCAGAUGAGCUGGUUACGGAUAAGAAGGGUGCGGCUACACGUACCGAACCGAUCUCUGUUCGAGUAGAGGUUCCCGCCGUGGACGAAACCCCACCUCUGCCGUCUUCGCCGCCGCUGCCAAAGGCCCAGGUUGGGGAUGCAGUAUCUUUAGGCUCGCGGCUUCGAGAGAACUCUGUUGAACAGAAUCCUUCAACACCUAGUGAAGGGGACCGGGCCGCUGCGCCAGACGCUCCGGGGUCAACAACAUCAACACUCACUGUUCUCACAGUGACGCCUGUGCAGUCGGACAAGACAUCCCCAGCAACCCCGGAAUCUGUGGAACUGCCGCAUCUCUCGCCAGACAGGCCGACUCGAGGACGGCAGCCUACCAAAUCGUUGCCCAGGCCUACCACCGGGUCCCGGGUAGCGAAACCGGGCACGCGGACACGGAAGCCUUCGCGAAGGGCGGCUCGUCUUGAUUCGGCAUCGACGGACGAGUUGACUCGGUCGCCUUCUGUGAACGGGUUUGAAAAUAGCAUUAUCCACCCCCCAAAGGUGACGGCUCGCAGCAGCCGCCUGUCCAUGCUGUCCCACGCCUCCAAAGACAACGUUGGCAAACCCAGCAUAUUCGCCGGCAUGGCUUUUGCGAUUUCUUUCCAAUCGAAGAAGGAUGGCGAGAAGUCUGACCAGUAUGAGAACCGCCUUGGGCAAAGUCGAGAGGUUGAGAAAAUGAUUGUUCAAUCCGGCGGCCAUCUGCUAGGCAACGGCUUCGACGAGCUCUUUGAACCCAACGCUCUUGGAAGCCGAGCGACAAGCCCGGCUUCUGAGGUUAGAGACGACAGCCCGUUGACACUGACGCCUUUCGCUCAAACCAUGGGAUUCACCGCCUUGAUUGCCGACGGACAUUCCCGCAAAGUCAAGUACAUGCAAGCACUCGCCCUUGGCUUGCCAUGCAUAUCCGAUCGAUGGGUUGUCACAUGUGUGGCGAAGGGAGCCGUGGUGGAUUGGCUUCCCUACUUGCUUUGUGCGGGUCAGUCAACCUUUCUCCGCGACGCGAUCCGUUCUCGAUACUUGCCGCCCUAUUCGGCAAUCGAUGCGCGUCUCGUCGAUAUCAUCGAGAGGCGACCCAAGAUGUUGGAGGGCAGCAAGAUUCUCCUUGUGAUGAAGAAGUCCAGAGCUGAGGAAAAGAAGAUGCCAUACGUUUUCCUCGCACAUGUCCUGGGCGCCACUCUCUCUCGUGCUUACAGCGUGGAUGAGGCUAAGGAGACUUUGAGACACCGAGAGUUGCUCGGAGACCCCUUUGACUGGGUCUACGUCGACGAACAUACUGGGUCAGAAGAGGGAUUGUUCAGCCCUGAUUACCAACCAACGAAGGGGUCGAAAACGUCAAAGAAGAGAAAGAGGGCCAACCCACCCGCGGCAAAAGAGGCAGCCCGGGCACCGAAGCGGAUUAGGACUCUUAGCAACGAGCUGGUCAUCCAGAGUUUGAUCCUCGGUCGGAUGAUUGAGGAGGGUGAGCUGGAAGCGUGA